CACAAAAGAAACAGUUCGUCUUCGAUCUCCGCCGAUGAUGUUAAUCAUUUACGCGUAUAAGAUCGCAUUACAUUAGCCACAAAACUUCGCUUGCGAUGACACAAGGCAAGAUAUUCGAUAAAGUGUUUUGAACGAUAUUUUAAAAACCCCUCCAAAUUGUCGCGCACGCGCUGUUACUUCACUUUAUUGUGAUUGGUCGCGAAUCAGAAAGAAUUAAGCAAUAUGAGUGUCACGCGAAACAGUGUUAGUCGGUCUGUGUGCAACAGUAAGGGCAGCAUGAUCGUCGUUUCGAAUAGACUGCCUUUUAUUCUAAAAAGAAAUGAGAAAACCGGUGAACUGGAGAGGAAGGCCAGCGCCGGUGGGCUUGUAACUGCGGUAGCACCAGUGGUCAUCCGUGGAAAUGGCAUCUGGGUGGGCUGGUCUGGCUUACAUUUGAACAACCUUAACGAGAAGAUCCCGGAAUCCGAUCCCAACGACAAGACACCAACCGCUGGACUGCUUUCUAGUAAGAUCGUGGCAAUUCAAUCUGAACCAAAAUUAUUUGAUAGCUACUACAAUGGUUGUUGCAACGGUACUUUUUGGCCACUAUUUCACUCAAUGCCGGACCGUGCCACGUUUAUUGCGGACCAUUGGAGAGCCUACAUUAAAGUCAACGAGGAGUUCGCUGAAAAGACUGUGUUUGCACUGAAACUCCUCAAAGAAAAUAAAGAGAAGAACAGUUCACCUCCAAUUGUUUGGGUGCAUGAUUAUCACCUCAUGUUAGCGGCUAAUUGGAUAAGACAGCGUGCUGAAGAAGAUGAAUUAAAAUGCAAGCUCGCAUUUUUCCUUCACAUUCCGUUCCCGCCAUGGGACAUAUUCCGCCUAUUUCCAUGGUCAGACGAAGUGUUGCAGGGUAUUCUCGGAUGUGAUAUGGUCGGUUUCCACAUAAUGGAUUACUGUUUGAAUUUCAUCGACUGUUGUCAGAGAAAUUUGGGGUGCCGAGUCGACAGGAAAAACUUACUGGUUGAACUGGGUGGCCGUACGAUUUGUGUUCGACCUUUACCAAUUGGCGUGCCUUUCGACAGAUUUGUCUCUCUAGCGCAAAACGCAAAACCAGUGCUUUCUACAAGUCAAAAAGUGAUACUGGGAGUCGACAGAUUAGAUUAUACCAAAGGCUUAGUGCAUAGGCUGAAAGCUUUCGAGAGGUUACUGCAGAAGUAUCCAGAACAUAUCGAGAAGGUCGUGUUAUUGCAGAUUUCAGUCCCGUCAAGAACAGAUGUCAAAGAGUAUCAAGAUUUAAAAGAAGAAAUGGAUCAAUUGGUUGGAAGAAUUAAUGGAAGGUUUACGACACCUAACUGGUCACCGAUCAGAUACAUAUAUGGUUGCGUUGGUCAAGACGAACUGGCAGCUUUCUACCGUGAUGCUGCUGUCGCUCUGGUAACACCAUUAAGAGACGGCAUGAACCUAGUCGCUAAGGAAUUCGUCGCUUGCCAAAUUAACAAACCUCCGGGAGUGUUAAUAGUGUCCCCUUUCGCCGGCGCAGGAGAGAUGAUGCAUGAAGCACUGAUAUGCAAUCCUUAUGAACUGGAUGACGCAGCUGAAGUUAUUCAUAGAGCGCUAAUAAUGCCAGAAGACGAACGAACGGUUCGAAUGAAUCAUCUCAGGCGACGAGAACAGUUGAACGAUGUUGACAGCUGGAUGAAAGCAUUCCUCAAGGCCAUGGAUUCGCUGGAGGAAGAAGCUGAUGAUAUUGGAGCUACCUCUAUGCAACCUGUCACCAUUGACGACUUCGAUGAAUAUUUGUCAAAAUACAUCGGCUACACUCAGAAACUCGCCCUCUUAUUGGACUACGACGGAACCUUGGCUCCCAUAGCGCCACACCCCGACCUGGCGACUCUUCCCUUGGAAACCAAACACACGUUGCAACGUCUUUCCAACAUGUCCGAUGUAUACAUUGCUAUUAUAUCCGGACGUAACGUAAACAACGUGAAGGAAAUGGUUGGGAUUGAAGGUAUCACAUACGCUGGAAAUCACGGUUUAGAAAUCUUACACCCAGACGGUAGCAAGUUCGUUCAUCCCAUGCCAAUGGAGUUGCAAGAUAAAGUUGUAGAACUUCUUAAAUCCUUGCAGGAACAGGUUUGUAAAGACGGUGCUUGGGUGGAAAACAAAGGCGCUCUAUUGACAUUCCAUUUCCGCGAGACUCCGGUUGCCAAGCGCGCGGCGCUGGCGGAAACGGCGCGCCGCCUCAUCACCGCGGCCGGCUUCACGCCCGCGCCUGCGCACUGCGCCAUCGAGGCGCGCCCGCCCGUCGAGUGGAACAAAGGUCGUGCAUCGAUUUACAUCCUAAGAACAGCCUUUGGCCUGGACUGGAGUGAAAGAAUAAGGGUUAUAUACGCUGGUGAUGACGUCACCGAUGAAGAUGCUAUGCAAGCUCUCAAAGGUAUGGCAGCCACAUUCCGCAUCGCCUCGUCGAAUAUAACCAAAACCUCAGCUGAACGACGUCUGUCGUCCACCGAUUCAGUACUGGCGAUGCUGAAAUGGAUCGAAAGACAUUUCUCUCGUCGUAAGCCCAGGGCAAACUCACUCACAUACAAGAAUGCGAGGCUAGCCCGCGACACCAUGCAAAUGCACAUAUCCUAUCAGUUACCCACGAGGUCGCCGAAACAAACGCCUCCUCGCACACCUGAUGUCAUAUCUAGCGGAUCAGAGUCGAGUUAAAUAUUGUCCUCAUAUUAUAUUGGUUAGAAUAAAACAUUUUUAUCAAAUAUUGAUCACGUGCAUAAGGACUGAAGUAUUUCUAUUUAACAACAAUAUAAAUGUUAACUUAGGUCUUUCUAAAUCUCUAUGUAAAAACUUAUUGGAUAUAUAUUCUUACCUAAGCAUACGCUUAGAACAGAACUGUAGAACAAAAUAUUUGUCUAACUAUCGUUUGAAACGAUAUGUAUUCCACAUUGGGCGCGCUUAAUUAUUAUAAUGGCUUGUCAGAUGGAUGUUUGCGUAGGACCGUUGUCCUAUUUAUGUGAUAGAAUAGUGAUAGUUUUUUUUAUUUAGAAUUAUUGUAGACAAAGAUUUCAAAAUUAUGCCAAAUAAUUUAUACUCGAAUAUUUUAAUAAUUAAACAAAUAAUUAUAAUUUUUUAUAUUAAUCUGUUGAAACAUAUGUCUUUGGAGAAUAUAUACAUAGAUAUUUAACAAAAAUGUUUUGUCUGGCUAUUGUUUUAGUAUCUUAGUAAUUGUAGACUUUUGGUAGUAAUUGUAUAAUUAAAAUUUAUUUAUAAUUUGUGAAUGAUAUCUUGUAUAGAUGAACUGAAAUGAUUAUUGUAUAGAGAAGUAUGUAAUUAUAAAUACCUACAUAACAUGUAGUAAUAUAUAAGUAACCAUUAUCGGGAAUUUGAAAUUAGGCAUUCCAUAAUAACAACACUAAGUGUUAAUAUAAAAUGAUUAAUAAAUAUUUUAAUCCAUUUAUAAAAUUAAUUUAUUAAUAUAUUUAUCGCAUCGAACUUUAAAAGCACAACACAAAUUUAGUUUGUCGAAUUUCCACUAAAUUUUAUAUUAUGAGUAGAACACAAAAAUAUUUUAUAUUUAUUUUCAAAAAAUCAUUUGGUAAUUUAUGUGUUAAAUAAAUAUGUGGAAACAAUAGAAAAUAAUAAACAACUAGUCUAGAUUAAAAU